GAGAGUGAGCCAAUCGCCAGUCGCCUGCGGCGCAAUAACGAUUCGCCACGAGAUAUAAUUGUGGCGGCAAGACGUGCGCCUGUUCGCCUACUAAUCAACAAGCCAUAUUCGAGUGGGAGCAGCGCUGGUACUUCAAACAAAGCGACUUCUUCUGGUAGUGGUAGCGAAGUCCCUUGUCCAGCUGCUAAAAGGAACCGUUGUAACAGUUGGAGGCCCUACCUCGAUCUCGAAAAAAUGAUCAAAAAUCGCAUUCAAACGAACACCUCGCCGAGUGGCGUCAGCAAGAAAGAAACAGCUGCGUCAGGAUCACUAGAAGAACAGUACACUUGA